GCCUCAUCGGGGAAACUAUCGUUCACCGACAUUGUUUACGACGGUCUCCUCUUCCGUAUGUCUAUCCAUGUGUUCGUGUUGUGUAGGGAGUUUAAUGUCGUCCAGUCCUUCGACAAGCAUCGCCAUGACACCCGAGAAGCACAUGCGCUUAGCGAAACCCUUUCAUCCUUGUGCGAGAUCGUUGCGGCAUCAUGACGGUCAAACGUGGAUCGACGAUGCAACCGAGGACGACUUCGAGGACGACCCAUGGACGACCGUCGUCCCUUACUUGAAUCGACAUCUCGACGAAUGGAACGAAAAUGACUGGAAGGCGAUGGAGCGUUUCUGCCCAUGGGCAAGCCAUUACAAGUUUGCCAACAUGUUGGAGUUCGGGAGCCUCAUUGCACUGCCUGAUGGUGUCCUCCAUCGAAAGACCCUGGACGAUAAGGGUAAACCGGUCCGCUUCCGUACCAGCUUCAGACGUCGCCUCCACUGCGAGUACAUCACAUCUUCGCCACGAACAUGGGGAAGUUCGCAGAAGCAAGAGUUGGUGGACUGCGCUCGUCAUUGUUCAUUCUUGGAACACUACCCACCCCGUUGCCCAAGGACUUCUCCACAAGCUUUGUCGUACUGUUGUGUGCGGUUGACGGAUGACGGAUGUCGUUUCGCCGGAGUGCUAUGUGUGGCUUCUUUAAGUAAAAGUAGGAAACUUGUGGAUGCAGUUGUGCUUGUGUCACGCAACGAGAUGUGUGCAGACUUUCCUUUUCUUACGUACUUCAAAAACAUGGAUGAGAUUUUGGGCUUCAUUGAAAUAAAAGUACAUGAACGACUGACGAUCAUCACAAAGGGAGGAGCGUUUCCUUUUCAAUAUGAGAGAAUCUUCAGGAUCGUAGCGGGACAACGGACAAUGUUUGUCAUCAUGGUGAGGUUUACUGAUCUGAACAUUUUCGACAUGCGAAUAUAUGAGCGUCGGGGGGGAAAUUGGAUGCAAGGAGAUUUUACAAGAGCUUAUGUAAAAGCUUCAGAAGUUCUUUUCGCCUUGAGACGUGCUGUGCUCGGAGCAGGGGGCGACAUUGAGGGUUUCUCGUUUGCCAUUACGGAGUUUGAAGGCAUUUGGGUUGGGGUGGUGAACGUGUUGGUGGGUUGCCUUGCGACUGCGUCUGUAGAGUCCAUCUCCUAUCCUGCGCAGCUUUGUAAGCUGACGUUCGUAUGCGACAAGAAAUGCAAAUGGACGUGGCACAUGACACUCGUGACCACGAACGUCUAUCAGUCGCGACUAAUGCAGCAACUCUAUCAUGCCACGGUCACCGCCGGCCUUACGUUCACGCUUCUUGACAACUUUUGUGUUUGUUUAGGGAUGUGCUCGGUGCACAAACCCACAUUCUACAAGUUUAUGCGCACAGAACCGGGGGGGGCGGAGGGGUGGAAUGCCAAGGUCGUACGGCAGGGCAUAAAAUAUUGCGAGUUUGCCAUUGACACUGUGAUGCGCCGUGGUGAGCUAGUGACAUUGAUGGUUGAUGGUCGAUAUGACUCUGCCAGAGGCGCGCAACAUUGCACUGUCACCACGAUGGAGUACGAGACUCGGCUUGUUGUAGGUGUUCACACUCUCCGUCCGAAGAUUGAAGGCAAGACAUCGAAUGCGCUUGAGGUGCUAGCCGUCGUGCAACUUUUGCGAGAGGUGAUGGACAAGGGGUUGAAGAUCCGGUGCGUUGUCUCGGAUGAUUGUGCGGCGCUGGGACCAAAGUUGCGAGCUAUGAGCAUCGAGUGGCGAAAGGAUUGCCACCACAAAAUAAAAAACAUUCGAAAGCACUUCCACAGUAUGCUGCAGCUGAAGGAAGCGAAGAAAGUGAGCAGCCCGCACGACUGUGUAUCAGAGGCGCAGUUCAUGCAGUUCACGAAGAAGCGGCUAAAGAAGGCGUUGGAGCAGCGUUUUGGACCUAACGUCCUCACACCUGCUGAGGAGCAGCUGAAGAAAUCUGACUUCGUCGCUGUCGUCAUGCGAAAGAUGUACCCCUACGGAUCGAGGUUCAAUGCUCGAGCGUUGGAGACUGAUCCAGACAGUUUGACAGAGUAUCAUGCGCAUGAGGUUGGGAUGUGGUUCCUCCGCGCUUUCCAGCUGUGCAGGGAGGAGGGCGGAGACGCCGACAGUCUACACCGUGACAUCAUAUUGGUCGCCGAUCAUUGGGCUGGUGAUCAUUCGGGAUGUGUGGACGGUAGGGAGGUUCUGUGCGAGAAGGCCGGUGGGCGUGCACGAUUGCCUUUGUAUAGCCGCACGGACACGGUCUACGAGCUCGUUCUGCGUGUUCUCGAUAAACAAUGCAGCACUAACAUCACGCCGUACUACGUCGAGUUUCGGCACACAUCGGCGGUGGAGACUUUUCAGGGCACCAUCAUUAUCUAUGCGAAGAAGUCGGUGCAUUUCGAGAAGUCUUUCUGUGCACGUUUGUCGAUCACAGUGAUUUGGUGGAACAGUCACUGCUGGCGAGACCCGGUCAGGUAUGUUGCUCGCAUUGCUGCGGGCACUUCCAUACGUGCGAGACCAGGCUUCCGUCGACACUACGGUCACGAGGCGAUCGACUGUUGGGAGGACAGAUUGACGGCGUCAGUGUUCGGUUCGGCUCAUGUUUCAGACUGGGCUCGAGAGCUUCUGCGGGAGGAGGUUUGUCCUUAUGGAGCCGCGCCAUUGCCGCGUGAGUUGUUCGUCAACGCGACCCAGUGGAAGUCGUUGAUGAUGCUGCCUCAGAUUCCGACCAUGAGGCGGUGGGGGAGAGCCGUGUUUCAUCAUCGGGCACAUGGAGGACGAUGCGGUGCCUGCAUGUGAUGAUUGGGUCCAGACAUUGAGCUCCGAAUCUGAGGGUGACGAUAUAGAGUUGUUCAGCGUUUGACUGGUUGAAUGGCUUUAUCGU